GAGCCCAACAGCAGCAAUCCCACCCUCGUCACUCUGAAGGUAGACCCAGAUGGAUUCUUCCUUUACUGGACUGGUGGGGCCAACAUGGAGGUGGAGAUUCUGGAUAUCAGCCAGAUCAGAGACACCAGAACUGGGAAGUUUGCCAAACUACCAAAGGAUCCGCGUGUCAGAGAGGUGUUGGGUUUGGGUACACCAAGCGAGGGGGGCGUUGUCGUGGAGGGGAAGCUGGUAACGGUCGUCCACGGCAACGACCUGGUCAAUGUAUCCUUCCUCAACUUCCAGGCCAUGCAGGAAGACACCGCCAAGGUGUGGACAGAGGAGCUGUUUAAACUGGCCACAAACAUUCUGUCCCAGAAUGCAUCUCGCAACACCUUCCUCCUCAAAGCGUACACCAAGUUAAAGUUGCAGGUGAAUCAAGAUGGAAAGAUUCCAGUGAAGAACAUUCUCAAGAUGUUUUCUGAUAAGAAGAGAGUGGAGACAACACUGGAACAGUGUGGUCUGGUCAGCAACAGGGCAGAGGGCAUUAAGCCAGAUGACUUUACAUGUGAGAUGUUCCAUAGCUUCCUCGACAGUCUCUGUCUCCGACCUGAGAUAGAACGCAUCUUCGUAGAGAUUGGUUCUAAGGGGAAGCCCUUCCUCUCCCUGGAUCAGCUGACAGACUUUAUAAACCGCCGUCAGAGAGACUCUCGUCUCAACGAGGUGCUGUACCCUCCGCUGAAGAGAGAGCAGAUCAGACAACAGAUGGAGAAAUACCAGAGCAAUGCCAGCCAGCUGGAGAGAGACCAGAUCAGUCUGAUGGGGUUCAGUAGGUAUCUAGGGGGAGAGGAGAAUACUGUCGUCCCUCCAGAGAGACUGGACAUCAUAGAUGAUAUGAACCAACCCAUGUCUCAUUACUUUAUCAACUCUUCACACAACACAUACCUCACAGUUGGUCAGUUGACAGGUCUGUCGUCAGUAGAGAUGUAUCGCCAGGUGUUGCUGACUGGCUGUCGCUGUAUCGAGCUGGACUGUUGGAAGGGACGGCCGCAGGAUGAAGAACCUUACAUCACACACGGCUUCACCAUGACCACUGAGAUACCCUUCAAGGAGGUGAUUGAGGCGAUAGCAGAAAGUGCGUUCAAGACCUCUCCCUAUCCCCUCAUCCUUUCCUUCGAAAACCAUGUUGACUCGGCUAAGCAGCAGGCCAAGAUGGCGGAGUAUUGUCGAAGUAUCUUUGGAGACGCCCUCCUCAUCGACCCUCUGGAGAAAUACCCGCUGACCCCAGCUCAGCCCUUACCGUCGCCCCAGGAGCUGCUGGGUAAGAUCUUGAUCAAGAACAAGAAGAAGCACCACCACAGAGCGUCCACCGGGGGCAGUCUGAGGAGGAGGGCAGGAGACCCUGACAGUCUGGAGCAUGCUUCACCUCUUAACGACUGUCAUUUCAGUGAGAGCGAGGGAGGCCAGCUGCUAUCCAAUGGGGAAGAGAAGCUGGUGAAAGAUGGAGAUCCUCGCAAAUCUAUUGGAGGGGAGGGAGAAAGUGAUGAGGAGGAGGAAGAUGAACCAGUGGCUGAACUGAAGAAACCAAACUCUGAUGAGGGUACUGCUAGUAGUGAGGUGAAUGCAACAGAGGAGAUGUCUACUCUGGUCAACUACAUAGAACCUGUCAAGUUCAAGAGCUUUGAGGUCGCAAACAAGAGGAAUAAGUAUUUUGAGAUGUCAUCGUUCGUUGAGACCAAGGGUAUGGACACACUGAAGAGUGCCCCCAUUGAGUUUGUUGAGUACAAUAAGAAGCAGCUGAGUCGUAUCUAUCCUAAGGGCACCAGGGUAGACAGUUCGAACUACAUGCCCCAACUCUUCUGGAACGUAGGCUGUCAGAUGGUGGCUCUAAACUUCCAGACACUUGACCUGCCCAUGCAGUUGAACAUGGGAGUAUUUGAGUAUAAUGGUCACAGUGGCUACCUGCUGAAACCAGAAUUUAUGAGACGGACAGACAAACACUUUGACCCCUUCACUGAGAACAUUGUGGACGGCAUCGUAGCCAACACCGUCAAGAUCAGGGUGAUCUCAGGUCAGUUCCUGACCGAUAAGAAAGUGAGUGUGUACGUGGAAGUGGACCUAUUUGGACUUCCUGCCGACACAAAGAGGAAGUAUCGCACCAGGACGUCCAAUGGGAACAGCCUGGACCCUGUCUGGGAUGACGAGACGUUUGUCUUCAACAAGGUGGUCCUCCCCACCCUGGCCUCUUUGAGGAUAGCUGUGUUUGAGGAGAAUGGGAAGUUCCUGGGACAUCGGAUCUGCCCUGUGUCAACUAUCCGCCCUGGUUACCACUACAUCAGCCUGAAGAAUGAGAUGAACCAGCCUCUGAUGCUGCCCUCCCUCCUGGUCUACACUGAGGCUCAGGACUACAUUCCUAAUGAACACCAGGAGUAUGCUGAGGCCUUGACCAACCCCAUCAAACAUGUCAGUCUCCUGGUCCAGAGAGAGAGACAGCUAGCUUCUCUAAUGGAGGACAACAGUGAGAGUGUGUUGGAGCAGCCAAAGGAAGGAGGGCGGGAUUUGGAGGGCGACGCCCCACUUGUGAAGAUCCCCUCCCCCCUCCAACCGGUCCCCUCCCCCGUCGAUGACAUCAGCAACCUCGUCAGCUCACCUGGUCCAGGCCAGAAAGAGGAUCUUAUUGCUACAGUCUUGGCUAAUCUCCAGGCUCAGUCUAUUGAAGAGCUGAAACAGCAGAAGUCAUAUCAGAAGCUGUUGAAGAAACAGUGCAGAGAACUCCAAGAGCUCCAGAAGAAACACCUGAAGAAGGUGUGGGCCCUGAGUAAGGAGCAGAGGAGUCGCUGUAGCCAGCUACGCUCUGACACACAGAAACGACGCAGUCAGAUGGAGAAAAACCUGAAAUGCAGCAUGAAGAAGAAUGAGCCAGCAGAGCCGGUGCAGAGGCAGCUGACAGCGUUGGAGGUGGAGCUACAGAAACGGACAGUGCAGCUCAGGGAGUGGCAGAUGGAGGAGCUGCUGAAACUACGACAACAACAACACACACUGGAGAGAGAGAAGAGAAACACACACCUACGAGAGGCAUCUCAGAAACUAAAGGAGACGUCCCAGGAAUGCCAGACUGCUCAACUGAAAAAACUCAAGGAGAUCUGCGCGAGAGAGAAGAAGGAGCUUCAGAAGAUUCUAGACAGGAAGAGACAGAACAGCAUCAUUGAGGCCAAGAGCAGAGACAGAGACAAGGCCGAGUCAGAACAGAAUGAGAUCAACAGGAAGCAUAUCUCAGAUUCUGUCGCCUUAAUCCGCAGGUUGGAUGAGGCCCAGUCAAGGCGUCAGGAGAAGUUGGUCAUUGGUCAGAGAGAAGUCCUACGACACAUAGAGGAGGAGAAACCACUGCUGAAGGCCCGGUUGGAGCAAGACUUGGAGGCGGAGCUCCAGCGUCUCCCUGAGGAGAUCUGCCAAUACCUGCAGGCGGAACUCGAGUCCAAAGGUCUCUGCAGCGACGCCCUCUUUUCCUUAUCCAAUCAUAGCAGCCCUAGCUCCAGCUCAGGCACGCCAUCCAACUGCUCCACGCCCACUUUACCCUUAACGCCCAAUAGCAGUGCCUGGAACAGGAGCCUGGACAAUGGCAUCGCCUCAUUGGUGGAUUCAUCCUCUUCCUCUACUCCUGUCCAAUCAGAAGUAGAGUUGACCAUGGUGUAAAUUUAAUUAUGUCAAUUUUAUCAUAAUGGUUCCUGGGCUUUAGUUGGUGAAAAAAUUAUUUUUGUUUUCAUUUUUUAUUUGUUUUUAAUUGUAAUUACAUUUUUUUUAUUUGAUUAAAUUUUUAAAGAUGUUAAUUUGUUCAAUUCUUCUCCCCGGUGUUUUAGACAGGGAAAGUAGAGACGAGGUAACCAAAGUAAAAAAUAUAUAUAUAUUUUCUGUUCAUUCGUCAGAUUUCUUUUUACAUGUAUAUUUUUCUCAUCAAUGUCUGUCAGAGAUUUUGUCUUUUAACCACUCGUUCUGACUGUAGCUUAUCUCUUAAGCACUCUCUGUCCCAAAACUAAAAGCUGGUGGUUCAACUUGGAAUAGUUUCUGUUUGGACUAUCUGAAUGGUUGGUAAUGUUUUGACUUUCGAGACUGGAGAGUCAGGAAAAGCCAAAAAGUUCAUCUCAGCACCAAAAACAUUUGAGACUCACGCUGGCUGCAGGUGUUGUGGUGCAGUACACAUAUUAAACCACCAGAUGGCGCUGUUGUAUCGGCAGUAGUGAGUUGUUUACCCCUCUAUCACUGAGAUUCUCUGCUAUUGGCUAGGCUACGGCUAACGAUGAAAGAUACUUGUUUACAGGAACGUGUGGACAGCGCUAGCUCUGAGCUAGCGUAGCAUAAUGCUGAUGCUACAUGAUAAAAUAGCCAGGAUGCUAAUCCCCUAAUCUGCAGCUGGGGGAUACGUUAAUAAUAUUGAUGGAUGGAUGGGAUGGACAGAGAGAGAGAAUGAAAGAGGGGUGAUGUGGAAAUGAUGGCCUGCUCCAUCUUUGACGUCAUUGGUCAGGAUGAGUUUUUGACCUCUGACCCCUGUAGUCGUCCAAUUAACAUCCUGCGCUGGUGUGGGGGGGGGCAGGGGUCAGCCCAUAUGUGAACUAUAAUCUACAAUCUCUGUGUGUGUGUGAUGCACUGCUCUGGCCGCGGCUUUCUAGGAGCCACGCAAGAAACACAGACAAGUACAGUACGUUCUCAGACACACACUCUCUCGCUCUGUCGGGUUAGGACCAGUCUAGUUCCCUCUAGUAUUGAUUUAAUCUGAGCCCUAUGUGCCCUGGAUGAAUGUAGUGUACUAUAUAGGGAAAUAGGGUUCCAUUUGGGAUGCAGAUUAAGUCAACAAGUACCUAAAAUAAUCAUGUUCAGUUGCCAUUAGAGAGAUGGGUUAGGAGACCAUAUAGAGAUUAUAUAAUUAUUAUGAUUUAUUUUAGAUUAUUUGUGUGUCUGUGUGUGUGUGUGUGUUAAUCUUCGGGGUAGACAGCUGCUUUUUGGUCUCUAAACUGUUCUCAUAGAGAGAGAGAGAGAGAUUUCCUCCUCUUUAUUUCUCUCUUCCCUCUGUCCUUUCCUCGCUCUAAUUCCUUCACCCGUCUCUCUCUCUCACUCCUCCCUCUCUCUCUUUCUGUCGCUCUCUCUUGGUGCCAGGUCUAAAUUAAAGAUGGAGUUGACACGUGGGCAUCUUUCCCACCAGCCUCUGCUGCCAGCUACAAACCAAGGGCAAGCCACUGCAACCUCUUUCACUCACUCACUCACUCACUCAAUCUUUUCAUUCAUUCUUCUCCCUGUCAUCUACCUGCAAACACACACACGCUGUAAGGGAAAGUGAGAAGGCAGGAGUGUGUGUGUGUGUGUGUGUGUGUGUGUGUGUGUGUGUGUGUGUGUGAGUGUGUGUGACAAGAAGAAACCAGCAGUCAUGUCAUAACAUCUAUCUUCUGUGUGAAAACAAACUUGUACUAUUUACAUCUAUUUCUUUACCACCUUGUUUGGUUUUCCCUUGUGAACUGGUCACAUGUUGGUCUGAAAUCCCAAACCCUUCACCCUUUUCCAUAUGGGCUCUGGUCAAAAAUAGUGCACUGUGUAGGGUACAUUCGGGAUGCAGACGUUAUCUGUACGUGGACGGUGGACUAGAGUAGACUAUUCUGUGGAUAUAUUAUAGUUAUUAUUAUUCAUCUGUCUCUAUGUUGUCAUUUUACAUGACCAGUACUACUGACUAAAGGUGCCCCUGGGCAGGAAGGAGGGAUGGAGGGAAGGAGGGAU